UCCCGCGACACAUCCUCCGUGUGUGUGUGUGUGUGAGUGUGUAUGAGUGUGUGUGUGCAUGCAUGUGUGUGAAUGAGAGCGAGUGUGCGUGUCUUCUGAUGGUAACCUAUGGAUUGACGGAGCGGAGGCUUUUGUUGUGGUUCGUUCUGCUGGAGCGGCACUUUCACCGGAGAAUGCCCGCAGGAACCGGAGCUGUGUUGCUACACGGAUAGCGCGGAAAUACACCGGAGACACACGAUAUUGACAUGAAGAAAGACAUCGAGACUCUUAUAGCAGAGGAACGGGCUGAUAUACUCUUGAAAUAUGCUACGGGCAGGCAGGGCGGGGUGGAGAUCGACCCCUGGGAGGAUGCCGACUACAGCCUCUACAAGGUCAUCGACCGCUUCGGCUUCAUGCACGAGAACGAGCUGCCAGCCCCGUCUGCGCAUGAAGAGAAGAGGAAGCAGCUGGAGAUCGAGAGAGCGGAGAAAUGGCUGAAGAUGGUGAAGAAGUGGGAUAAAUACAAGAACAGCGACAGGAUGGUGAAGCGGGUGUACAAGGGCAUUCCCCUGCAGCUCCGGGGCCGCGCCUGGGCCCUCAUGCUGGACGUGGAGAAGGCCAAGAAGGAGAACGAGGGCAAAUACGAGAAAAUGAAGCAGCAGGCCAGACUGUACUCCUCAGAGAUCAAGCAGAUCGACCUGGACAUCAACAGGACCUUUCGAAACCACAUCAUGUUCAUGGAUCGCUUUGGAGUCAAGCAGCAGUCCCUCUUCCACGUCCUCUCUGCAUAUUCAGUCUAUAACACAGAGGUGAGCUACUGCCAGGGCAUGAGUCAGAUCGCCGCCCUGCUGCUCAUGUACAUGAACGAGGAAGACGCCUUCUGGGCGCUGUCGCAGCUGCUGACCAACCAGAAACACGCCAUGCACGGCUUUUUUGUUCCCGGCUUCCCCAAACUGCAGCGAUUCCAGGCUCAUCAUGAUCAGAUCAUUUCCAAACUCAUCCCCAAGUUGAAGAAACAUCUGGACAGAGAGCAGAUGUCUGCGGGCAUUUACUGCACCAAAUGGUUCCUCCAGUGUUUCAUUGACAGGACGCCGUUCACCCUGACGCUUCGCUUGUGGGACAUUUUCAUCCUGGAGGGAGAGAGGCUCCUCACCGCCAUGUCCUACACCAUCUUGAAGAUACACAAGAAGCGCAUGCUGAAGAUGUCUUUGGAGGAGCUGAGGGAGUUCCUGCAGGAGCGGAUCGCUCAGACUUUCUUCUACAGCGACGACGUGAUCGUGGAGCAGCUGCAGGCCUCCAUGAGUGAGCUGCGGAAGAUGAAGCUGGACCUCCCUCCUCCUGGAAAGCCAGAGGAGUUGCCUCGUAAGCCGUUGGGUCAGGAGCUGCCGGUGCUGCUGAGUCCGGUGCCGCCCUCCGGAGGGAAGCAGCCCACGGCCAGCGGGUUCCCCCGAGCGGGCCUGAGCCUCCACAUCAUCUCCCACCAGCCGGACUCCAUAUCCCCGGACCAGAGCCCCUCCAAGGAUCCCCGGGACCUGGAAGCUACAGGCGAGGAGGAGGCCCCUCUGCCUUCCCCCGAUCCCAUCAUCAUCCACAGCCAGGCGCCGCUGACCCCCGACGGCUCCCCGCUGACGGGGCCCCCGCCUUACCGGCCCCCGGAGGUCACGGCCGACGUCCCCGCGGCUCCUCCCUCCCCUCCGGAGGUCAGCGGGCCCCUCUCCACGGCGUCCGCAGACGAGCCCUCGGCAGCCUCCCGCUCCUCCUGCAGGGUCCCUCGGACUCUGUCGGCCCCGCCGGCGCCGGGCCUGGCCCCGUCCGAGAGCCUGUCGGCUCAGGAGCGGGCCGAGGACACUUACCUGGCCCGGCUGCUGGAGCAGGCGUCGGCCCUGUCGCCCGGCGGCAGCGUGGAGCCGGACUCCAGCUCGGCGCUGGAGGAAACGCAGCCUUCAGACGUGUCGUGAGGAAACGACGGACUCACAGAGCUGCGUGUACAAAACAAAGGUUCACUUUUGGGUAAUAUUCUGUUUGAGAGCUAAUAGACAUGUAUCAGUCAGAUUUACAAUGUUGAGCAAUAAUUGCUUGAA